AUACAGAGCACAUAUUCUACUCUAACAUUAUCUUGCAAUUCUGUUAAACAAUCCUUAAUUUUUCAGCAAAAAAAAAAUGGCAGAUGAAGUUGUCCUUUUGGAUACCUAUGUGAGCAUGUUUGGGAUGAGGGUCAGGUUUGCCCUGGCCGAGAAAGGCAUCCAAUAUGAAUACAAGGAGCAGGAUUUGAUGAACAAAGAUCCUCUUCUCCUACAAAUGAACCCAAUUCACAAGAAAAUCCCAGUCUUGAUUCACAAUGGAAAACCAAUAUGUGAAUCCCUCAUUAUUGUUCAAUACAUAGAUGAAGUUUGGAAGGACAAAUCCCCUUUGAUGCCUUCUGAUCCUUAUGAGAAAGCUCAUGCUAGGUUUUGGGCUGAUUAUGUUGACAAAAAGAUUUAUGAUACUGGAAGGAAAAUUUGGACAUCAAAAAAGGAGGACCAAGAAGCAGCCAAUAAAGAAUUCAUGGAGUGCUUGAAGUUAUUGGAGGGGGAGUUAGGAGACAAGCCAUACUUUGGAGGGGAAAGUUUUGGGUUUGUGGAUAUGACCCUUAUUCCUUACUAUACAUGGUUUCCUGCUUAUGAGAAAUUUGGCAACUUUAGCAUAGAAGCAGAGUGUCCUAAGAUUGUGGCAUGGGCUAAGAGGUGUAUGCAAAAGGAGAGUGUGUCAAAAUCUCUUGCUGACCCUGACAAAGUCUAUGAUUUUAUUGUGAUGUUGAGACAGAUGAGGGGUAUUGCGUAAAAGAUAAAAGACGGAUCUAGAGUGAGUUCUGUAUAAUAAGAUGUAUGCAUAUAUUAAGAUCACGUAUAUUGUGAAUCGACUUAUUUAGAUUCUAAAUUCUCUGAUGCUGGAAGAAGUGUUUCAACUUGUUAGACAUCUAUCGUUCCUUUUCAUUUUCCUUUCUUUUGAAUUAGAAGUGAAAAUAAAAGGUUGUGUUUGUGUUGUUGUUA